CCAUCUUCCUCCUCUUCCAGCUAGGCCCCCUCGUGCCGGUUUCCCCUCCGCCUCUCUACCUCCCUCGGGGCGGCCUCCUCAUCCUCCCCGGAUCUACCUCGACGCCUCCUCGUGCCGCAGACACCACCGACCGCCGCGGGGAGGCGAGCGAGGGAGACCAAACGGCGCGGAGAGAAUCGAGGGAGAACACAUCGAGGGAGUAGAGCAAAAUGUUCAAGUUUCUGAAGGACGUGGUGUCGGGAUCCGGAUCGGGGCUCAAGGACUUCCCCUACACCGUCGGCGAGCCUCACGCCUCCGCCUGGGGCUCCUGGACGCACCACCGCGGUGCCUCCAAGGAUGAUGGAUCGCCUGUGUCUAUUUUCUCACUGUCAGGGAGCAACCCUCAGGACAGGCACUUGGUUGCUGGUCGGAAUGGUGUCAAGAGAUUGCGAACAGUGCGCCAUCCAAAUAUCCUAUCCUUUCUUCACAGCACGGAAGCAGAAGUUGCCGAUGGACCUGCUGUGAAACACACAAUUUAUAUAGUGACAGAGCCUGUUACCCCACUUUCGGAAAAAGUCAAGGAACUGAACCUGGGAGGUACACAAAGAGAUGAGUAUUUUGCUUGGGGCCUUCAUCAGAUAUCAAAGGCUGUGAGCUUUCUCAACAACGAUUGCAAGCUUGUUCAUGGGAAUGUAUGCUUGUCCAGUGUAGUUGUUACUCAAACUCUGGACUGGAAGCUUCAUGCUUUUGAUGUUCUUUCAGAAUUCGAUGCGAAUAAUGAAAUCCCUGGUAGCCCCAUGUUGCAAUUUGAAUGGUUAGUUGGAACACAGUACAAGCCAAUGGAGCUGACAAAGUCAGAUUGGGCUUCAAUUAGAAAAUCACCUCCGUGGGCAAUUGAUUCCUGGGGCUUAGGGUGUUUAAUUUAUGAGCUCUUUUCUGGUGGAAAGUUGACCAGGACGGAAGACCUUCGCAACAUUGCUUCAAUCCCAAAGUCUCUACUUCCAGAUUACCAGAAGCUGUUGAGUUCUACACCUUCUCGUCGAAUGAAUCCUUCAAAACUUAUUGACAACAGCGAGUUUUUCCAGAAUAAGUUGGUAGAGACCAUACAAUUCAUGGAAGUUCUUAACUUGAAGGACAGUGUUGAGAAAGAUAGCUUUUUCCGGAAACUCCCAAAUAUAGCAGAGCAGCUUCCCCGGGAGAUAGUUCUGAAAAAGUUGCUACCAGUAUUGGCAUCUGCUCUUGAAUUUGGUUCAGCUGCUGCUCCAGCCUUGACGGUGUUGUUAAAGAUGGGUUCCUGGCUUCCAUCUGACCAAUUUAGUGCCAAGGUUUUACCAACUAUUGUGAAGCUUUUUGCCUCAAAUGACCGAGCUAUCCGAGUUAGUCUUUUGCAGCACAUAGAUCAGUUUGGGGAGUCAUUGGCAGCACAAACUGUUGAUGAACAAGUUUUUCCGCAUGUUGCCACUGGGUUCUCUGAUACUUCUUCUUUUCUCCGUGAACUGACAUUGAAGUCGAUGCUUGUGUUGGCACCAAAAUUGUCUCAGCGUACUAUUUCAGGAUCUCUCUUGAAGUAUCUCUCUAAGCUCCAGGUGGAUGAAGAACCUGCAAUCCGGACAAAUACUACAAUUCUUCUAGGAAAUAUUUCAAGUUACAUGAAUGAUGGGACUAGGAAGCGAGUAUUGAUAAAUGCAUUCACAGUCCGCGCAUUACGUGAUACCUUCCCUCCUGCUCGAGCAGCUGGAAUCAUGGCACUGAGUGUCACCAGUUCAUACUAUGAAAUGACAGAGAUUGCAACUCGCAUACUACCAAACGUUGUUGUCCUUACAUUUGACCCAGACAGUGACGUGAGGACCAAGGCUUUCCAGGCUACUGACCAGUUCUUGCAAAUAGCAAAACAACAUCAUGAGAAGCUUAAUACAGGAGAUAACAGGCCAGCCGAAGGUACAGGCGUUCAGUUAAAGCCUGGAAAUGCUGGUUUACUUGGGUGGGCCAUGAGUUCUCUUACUCAGAAGGGAAAAGCUUCUGACCAUGGUCCAGUAUCUACUGCAAAUGCCAGUAACUCUCAAGUUUCAGCAUCCCCCAGUGCCGCAUCAGAUACUCAGUCUGCCCCUGUAGCAUAUGCACCAUCCACAUCCAACUCUGUUGACCACACUGCACCAGCAUCAGAAAGCUCCUCCUUAGAUGGAUGGGGUGAGCUCGAGAAUGAUAAUCUUCAGGAAGAGAAUGGUAGUGAUAAAGAAGGAUGGGAUGAUGUAGAUCCAUUUGAGAAGUCGCCACAAUCUCUUCUUUCAAACAUACAAGCUGCUCAGAAACGCCCGGUGGUGCAACCGAAGCAACCAGUUUCAAAUUCAUCAAGAUCAAAUCCGCCAAUGGCGCCAAAAGCGGAUGAUGAUGCUCUAUGGGGUCCUAUGGCUGUUCCAGCGCCCAAAAGUGCUUUGAAGUCUGCAGACAUCAAACCCUCUACAUCCCACAAUGCGGAUGAUGAUCUCUGGGGUUCGAUAGCUGCACCUCAGCCAAAAUCAUCUGGGAAGCCUUUGAAACCAGCAGCAGCUAACAAUGAUGAUUUAUGGGGUGCUAUAGCUGCACCCCCACCGGUAACGAAAGCUAGGCCUCUUGCGUCAUCAGGUAGGGGACGGGGAGCAAAGCCAGCACCAAAACUUGGUGCUCAAAGAAUAGGGAGGACUUCCUCAACUGGUGGGCUAUAGAAUGCAACGGCCCAUGAUACCAUUGUUGUACAAGAAUGCAAAUUACCAUCUUUUUUUGUCUUCUUCUGCUCUGUCUAGAAUAUCCCCUUUUUGUAAACUAGCCUGCUCAUAUCUAUAUGGACAUGAUUUUUUGUACUGGUGGGCUAUAUUAAAGAUAGCUCAGAAGAUUUAUGUACAUCAUAGGUAACCUUGAACUACUUCCUUAAUACAUAUGUUUUGUGUGUUGGUUGUU